UUGGUGGAGUCGCUUUGGUUUGUUGGAAGAAGUUUCUGGGAGAGUUCUCGUUGAUGUAACGCAUCGGAGGAUGAUAGUGAACAGAUCGACUGGACUGUUGCUUUUUGACCGUGUCUUGGUGCGGGACGAGAUCAAUAGAUGUCAGUAACGGAGUCCAAGAGAAAGACGCGGUUGACUGCAGUCAAAAGUUUUGUUUUUCCUAGAUCUAGUCCCGAUCUGCCACUCUCACGAUUCAAGAAAGUGUUGUCUGACAGAUGUGGCACCAGCUAAACCUUUUUAGAGUGGAAGAGGAGUGAGUAGCGGCUGGAAGGAAGAUCGAGCAGUUGAAGAAUUACAAUUUGUCUUUUUCCCCUUCCGAACUACUUGGUACAGAGAAGGAUCUGGAAAGUGUGUUGAUGAAUCAAUGCAUUAUUUUUCUUCAUUUUUAGUUUAGCCACUGCGGAGCAGAUCUAGGAUAUCUUCGCUCUUGCCUAGAGUGUUAAUAAAUGCAGACUAACAAAGAGAUUCAGAUUGGCCUUGCUGAUCUGCAUGCUGACGAGCCUAUAUUGGGUAUACCAAUCAAGAAAAGGCUAUUUCAUAUGUCACAGUCUUCAUCUUCUACGUGCCAAAAUACACCCACAGUGCCAAAAAAUUCAAGUGAGCAACCGAGGAAGCUCUUUCUAAAAUCAGAAUGUUCUGUUUCAGAGAACUCUGCUGGUGUGAAACUAGACAGUAAUGUAAGUCCUGAUGACUUGUUAGAGUCUUCCAUCAGACUGACUGGUUUACAUGGAUUUCCUUCCCAGGUUAAUCAAAAAAUAGGGCUCAAGAAAGGCACCACUGGAAGUGGAGAAUCAAGUAUGCAUGACGAGUUGGAUGUAGACAUAAGGGCAUCAAUAGGCUUUGGUAUAGAGAAAGGGAAGAAUUCAUCAGUGGAAUUUGAAUCUGAGAUGCUCAAAGGUAAAGAAGCUGUUGGGAAGAUAAUUGCUUCAAGUGAUGUAUCUUCAUCUGAAGAAUUUGAAACGUCAGGUUUGUAUCUAUCAUCAUGUCAGGAUAUGCAAUGUAGCCUGAACUUGUCAAAGAAAGUGAUAAAUGAAACGUGUCCAUUGGAUCUCCCUGGGGCCAAUAAGCCGGAACAUCAUCAAACCAGUUACAACGAUUUGGAAUCACAAUGUGCUUCUAAUCUUUACUCGAGUAGAAAAAAGUGGGAUUUGAAUUUUCCAAUGGAAGUGUGGGAUACCAAUUUGAAUAAUUUAGCUAUUAAUCAUGGGAUGAACAAUGAGUUAAAGCUGAAGGACUUGCAUCAACCAAACGAUGAGAAAAUUCCCAUCCAAAAUACUCAAGUGAUUGCAAACAAUUUUGGAUUACGAUUAUCAAUGGUUGAGUUGCAUCAACGCAACAUGAAGUUUACCAAUUUGGAAAUGCCUGUGGAUGGAGCUACAGACUAUGUAGAUGGUUUAGAUUUACAACUUCGGCUACCUAGCAGACCAAAGUUGUGUGACAAGUUAGGAGUAUCUCCUCUUGAUCUAAGUUUGUCCUUGACAGGUAAUCUUUCAGAUGCUUCUUUUACAACUGUGAAGCCUGAACCAUGUGUGAACCAUAAUCAGAAAGACACCAAAAGACAUCAAUUUAGUAGUUUAAACUCAGGUGUUAUUGCACAAGUGAAAUCUGAACCAUGUGAUGGAAGUUUCCAUGUAACUUCUCAGAUUGAGGACCCAUCACUAGAUAAAGAGGUCAAACAUGAACUGCCUGAAGAAUUUCAGGUGAAGUCUCCAAAUUUGGUCUUAGGUAAUCACCCGUUAGCCUCUUUGACACGACUGCCAACAGCUUUGGAUUCUAAUUCUUUGUGUCAUGCAAAUAUUCUUUAUCAACCUAAUCCAACUUUGCUUAGUGUUGCAAACACAAGCUUGGAUGAAAGAACUUGUCAAGACUUAAAUCCUUCUACAAUAUCAGAUUCUAUGAUAUUUUCUAAAGUUGACAGCUGCAUUAACCAAGAUGCAAAAGGAAGUUCUAGCAAACCAUUGGCUAAUGUUGAGCCCAUCCUUUCUUAUGUGAAAGGAUGUACUGCAGAAGAUAGAGUAAUUUGUGUAACUGUUGGCAAGGAUUCUUCCCAGCGUAAUGAGUUUGUGGAAUCUGAUCCUAAAGAACCCAGUGCCUGUGAUGGAUUAUCAUCUGAAAGAAGAGCUGAAAUGAACUUGUCAGGCGAAGAAUGCACUGUGUCAAAAUUCUUGGCCAAUAGCAAAAUUGAUUCUGGUCUUAGAAAAGAACCUAUAUUCACUGGUGGGAAUCAGGAAGGCAUGGACUUAUCUGCUAACAUUCAGAUAGAUCAAUGUGUUGUUGAUGCUGAACAGCGUGGUGCUCCUGAAGGUCCAAAGGGCAAAGGAAAUAAGGUUACCAGCCAUGGAGUUGGUGAUUGUGAAGAUAGUGAGCGACAAUGUGCAAACGAGAGCCAAUGCCAGUAUAAAAAUAAAUUGGAUGCUAGAGUUGCUACCGUUUCCAUCAGUUCUGAAGGUUUUCCUUUCAUGACAGAUGUGCAUGUGGAUACGAAAGGCAAGGAAAUACAAACUGAAGGGGUAAGUGCUCAUGGUGCUGUGAUGUGCCAUGAUAAAAGGGGGACAGCCAGUGGCUUAAACACAGACUUGCCUAAAUUGCCAGUUAUAAUGGAGUUGACUGCUUCCAGUAACAAGCCUGUUAAAACUUGUCAGGGAACAAGAGAGAAACACCUUGGAAAGGACAAUGUGUCUCAAGUGAGGUCAAGCUCAAUCGAGGCAUCUCCUGCAACUGCAAAAAACAAGAAUGAAUAUGUAAAAAACAAAACUGAAUAUGUAGGCGGAGGGCAGAUGAGCACAAAAGCUAUUAGCGUAGCAAUGAAGCAUCCAAUACUACGAGAGGGGGAAUCCAAUGUUAAUAGUCCAGCAACUAAGCAUGUUUAUAACCCAUUCAAACAUAGUCACAUUAAGCAUGACGACAGCAGGUUCAAGUAUAGAGAGGGAAACAAGGUAACUUCGCCUUCAACUAAGUCAUUUGGUUACAGGAAUGCUACUUCUGCUAGGUCAGUUCCUGAUGGUACGGAGAAAGAAAGGUUGAUUGAUGAUAACGAGAAACAUGUCAAUUUAUAUUCUCAAGGGAGAAGGCAUUCAAAAUUCGAAACUAACAAUCAUGAUCAGACAAUUGGCCAACGUGAAUCUGAUUACAUGAACAAUCGAAGGAACUAUAAUCAUCAUUUUACUCGGGAUCCUGACAUCCAGCAUGGACCAGGACAUAGUAAUCCCAGAAAAUCACGAUAUAUGAGGCAUAAUGAAGAGACGGUUCCAUUUAUUGCUCCUCCAAAUGGUAGCACCCAUAGAUCAUUGAGAAGGAUGACAGACUAUCCAAAUGGUAGCACCCAUAGAUCAUUGAGAAGGAUGACAGACUAUCCACAGGAUCGUCUUUUUCCAUCUUGGAGGCAACCCCAAGGGCCUCGAGAGCAACCGAGUGGUAGACGCCAAAUAAAAGACACUGACACCAACAGGAUUGUUGGGAGAGAAAUUCCUGAUUAUGUGAUUUGCGAGGAUAAAAUCACAAGUUUACCUGGUGAAAUAGCAGAUAAUUUGCUACAUUCACACUCAAAUUUGCAUUAUGAACGAACUGAUAAUGACUUUCUGUUGAGGGGCAGUAGCGUUUCUCCAACCAGAUCUCCAGUGCGUUUGUAUCGAUCAUGCUCACCCAUUCAAUGGUUGUCACCUGGGAGAGUACCUGGAAUGUACAUUGAUGAUGAUGCAGAUUUAACAACAGAUGGACCUUCACUUGAUAGAGUUGAGAUGGUUAGGAAUCAUCUGGAAGAUGAGAUAACGAGUAGGCAUGCUUUACUUCGACGCCCUCAGUUUCAACCUGACAUGAGAGAGAUGCAUUUGGCUAGAGAACUUGAUUUAGCUAGGGCUGGUAGAGCUUUGAGGAAUAGAAGAUAUGAGAUGAGACUAGCUGAAAAUACCGAGUAUGAUACAGAGUAUCUGGAACCUUCAUACUCUGUGGACGAAUUAGUUGAUAGCAGGGACUAUGAUGACAGGCAUGGACUUGUACAAACACGUCAUAUUACUAGUGGUGUUGAUCCCAGCCGUGUUUUUCCUGAUGAUGUUCAUUGUCCGAGAUCAAGAGAAUAUAAUGACAGGCAGGGAUUCGUACAAGAACGACCGCGUCACAUGCCUAGCACUGAGGAUGAUAAUCUUGCUCCUUUUGGUGAUGCAUAUCCUAGAUCGACAAAGUUUUUCCCUGACAGUGAAAUGAAUCAUGUCGGGGGCAGCUCCCGAAACUUCCGCGAUCAUGUAAGGAAUCGACUCGGACCUGCUGGAGCUAACAGAUUAAAGAACAAGUUGGAAGAGAAAGAAGAUUACAGAUACCACCGCAAACAGCGAUGGUGUGAUGAUGGUGCUUCCGGUAAUGCGAGGUUGAAAAGGAGAAAGAGCUAGUACAGUUUGCUUAGCAUGCUUCACAGGCAACCAACUAUGGUCUUUUGGCUUAUUCUGUCUGUUCAUCCAGAUGGAUCGUACCCAGAGAUACCAGCAAUAAUUACAGAAUGACAAUUGACUCAGUGGUUGUCUCCCACUGUGAUUGCUGUGCAGUAACAUUUUCUAGCUACAAAUUGUACUUUCAGAAAUGCUCAUGCCGAGUGCUCUCUAGAGAUCUGCCUCAUUAUUGAACAACAAUUACGCUUUGCUUUUAGCCUUGCACAUCUUACGGAUUAAGCGUACCUUUUGAGACUGCAGUAUCAUUUCUCUCUGCUAACGUUCCUAUGCCUAAAGAAAAGGGUGACCAACCUGUUUUGGUGGAAUCUAUAAAAAUAUAAAAUACGCGAGCAAUCGUUGCUGGUCGCUGGCACCUGCUACUUCAAUUUGAUUUUAUCUUAAGAGGGAUUUUCCAUUGAUUUCCCAUAGGAACCAUCCCACUUCUUCCUUCUUAGGCUAAUAUGCUGCUCGUAUUGUUUCAGAAAAAUAAGAGAUGGAAAAAAAUCGACAUUACUUAUAUUUGCCAGGCAGCAACUUUAUUAUAGCCUUCUUGUCAGAAUUUUGAUGCCCUCGGAUAGUUCAUGCUUGAUGCCUGUGUUAGAAAUGACAGACAGAUCUCUUCCAGUUAAUCGGGCAUUUGAUGAAGAUAAGCUCAACAGCAAUGCUGGUAGUGCUUUACCACUCUUAUGCUGUGUUAGUCUCAAACUUUUGAUUGUACGGCAGAUAUAAUUUCCGGUUUA